AUGCGCAUCCCGUCCGUCCUUUUGGCGAUCUUAUCGCUCUCAGUCAUUGCACAUCCGAUCCCAGCACCCUCCGGAACACAAUCCUUUGAUGGGGAAUAUGCCUUGCAGAGAAGCACUAUCGACGAAAUGUAUGUUCACAAGGCGCUCGCUAUGCGGGACGGGUUUUUUAAAAACGUUGAGCUCGCCGACGAAAGUCCCCAUGAAACGACCGCAAGACUAAAGGCUCAAGCAACUGCAGCUAAGGAAGAUUGGAAAUCCAAAGAGCAGGACCGUGAUGAGGCGAAGGUCCGCUACAAAGAACAUCAGCAUGCAUCCAAGUCGAAGGCGAAGCACGCACAGAAUGUAUACAAGCAGAAGAAACAAAUUGCUGAGCAUGCCGAAAAGAAGAAGGACGAUGCUAGUCGCCAAAAAUUGGUAUGGAACUUGCACACAGCUAAGAAAGCACAUGGGAAGGCCACGAGUAACGAAGCUACUGCAAAAAAGCACCUCGCAACCCUUACCCGUGCUCAUCAAGAAGAAACGGAUCCACUCCAGAAAUCGGAAUUCAGCAACGAGAUAGAAACACAAGCAAAAGUCGUUAGCGACGCGACAGCAGCAAAGAAAAAGACUAAGGCCCAGGUUGAUCGGUUGAUCGGUUGCGGCCGUAUUCAACAGAGGAGUCUCUGA